ACGACAACAAACAUGUCGUCGUUUUCAGAAAACAACUUAUCAAAGAAAUUUAAUGAGUUAAACGGUACUCAGCAGAGUAUUCAAACACUAUCGUUGUGGCUGAUUCACCACAGAAAGCAUUCCAAGACGAUCGUUCUGGUUUGGUUGAAAGAAUUGAAAAAAGCUACACCUCCACGGAAACUGAUUUACGUAUACUUGGCCAAUGAUGUUAUCCAAAACAGUAAGAAAAAGGGAAAUGAAUUCAACAAGGAUUUUGGCACACACCUUGCAGAGGCUUUUGCAAGUGCAUACAAAGAUGCUGGGGAGAAACAGCGAGGCUCCCUGGACCGUAUACUCAAUAUCUGGGAGGAUAGAGGGGUCUAUACCAAGGACUUCAUGAAGAAUCUCAGGCAGGAAUUAGGACAAAGAGCAUCUGCUGGAAAUACCCAGACUUCUGUAAGCAUAGCAGAUGUUUUGACCCCAAAGCCACCUUCACAGUCCCCUGCUAAACGCCCGUCCCAACAGAACCAGUCGAUAUCCGAGUUCCUGGCUAAGAAACGUAAGAUUGGGAAGGAUGAUGCAGAUCAGGUGACUCUUAAGCAGGAAAUCAACGGACUAACAACGGAAGAACUCGGACAUUAUGAUACAGAAGCACUGAUUAAGCGGCUCUCAUCCCUGGAAAGUUCAGCGUCAUGUGAUGCAGCUAUCAGAGAAAAAAUUGCGAAGCUUCCCCCAGAGGUUUCAGAUAUUUCCCAGUUGGCAAAACUGCAUGACAAGGAAUCUGCAAGGAGGUUGUCAGAUAUUGUAGACAGUGCAUGUUCAAUGCUGACUGAUUACAACAAGCGCCUGUCCACCGAGAUGGAGGAACGAAGGAAUCUCGCCAAGAUGCUCCGGGCCUUCGUUCUCGCACAAUCAGAGCAGCUACAUCAUGCAGAGAAACGGUUACAGGAGUACAAGAACAAGCUGGCAAAGGUGAACGUGGUUCGUCACGAGCUCAAGUCUCACAUCCAAAACCUUCCCGACAUCGCCCGACUGCCUGACCCUAUGGGUGGGCUAGCCCCACUCCCCCAGGUCAAUGAUCUCUUCAACUGACACUGCCUCAAUAUUUCAGUGAAUUUUAUGAGCGAGUACAAAUACUUCCUGUGUCAUCCAUCGAAUGGUGCAAUGGGAUCAAAAAGGGAGGAAACUAGUCAAGAGACUUUUGUGCUAUUCCACUCUGCGGAUUGCCUCCCUUUGACCAGUGAAAAGUCAGUCACUUUAAUAGUCGCUUUGUGAUACAUGUCAAUUAAUUAUAUGUAUAUUAUGAAUUUUAACAUGUUGAAGCAUUUUGAAUGUAUUUGUAUGAUAUUAAAACAACAACAAGGUAUGGCAAUAGCCAUGUUGUCAUUGAAGGGAUUGUCAGCGUUCAGAAACCUUUGCUAUACCUCAAAAAACAUUAGUCAACAUCAUUUCACUGUCUUAAAUAAUUGUUCAGUUAUGCAGCAUUUUUUACUGAAAAAACAGAUUAGUGUUGGUAUCAGCGUACAGUGCUUGUUUUAUUUUCUGCUGCAAACAGUAAUUAUUUCAUUUUGAGCAAAUUGUUUGUACAGAUUUUGCUAAACAUUCCAUAUGGCAGAAGUGUAUAUUUGAAAACCAUUACCAUUUUCAUUUUUCACAUGUUGUGCUACCUUCAGGACGUUCGUAAAGUGAAGUUUUGAAGCAUUUUACCCCUUUUGUGGUUACAUUUCCUUGAUUCUUGAAUCUAAAUGAAUUGUUUGAAUACAUUUGUGUAGAGAUGACAUAUAAUGAUGUUGAAGUUGCAAAUUAUUUUACUUUUUGUUGAAAUAGCAGUAAAAUAAUGUAGCAAUUAUUAACUAUUUGUGAGACUUCCAUAUUUCAUAGAAAUCUUCCAAAAUUGAUAGCAAAGAUAUUCAUACUUCCAGUUUUAAAUUCUUAAUGGAAUCCCAGCCACUUUUUAAAAAUGUUUUAGCUGUACACACAUAUAUAAUCACAAGGUGAAGGCGGUGUUUGUGUGCUGUAACCCUUUCUUCUUCUUAUAUUAUUAUUCAUACUUUUUAAGGGACUCACAGAUUUUCUGUUGGCAACACUUUUUUUAAACUUUGUAAUGAUUGAAAUCAGUUAUUUUUCUGACUUUUAAGAACAAACAUAAAAGAAAUUAAUUCUUAGUAGUAUUUACUUGGUUUACCUUUGCUUGUAGGCAAAAUAGAUCAUCUUCUGUUACAUUUUAAAAUGAUAAUUGACAACAGAGUUAUAUUUUGAACUUCUAAUGAUGUAUCAUUGUCACAGCGUUUGUUUAUGCGGCCCUUCAAAGCAUGAAAUAAUCCCUUCAAGAUAUGAACAUUCCUUUAGAUUUAUGUUAGCCAUCAUAUCACGGAGUUUAUACUUUUAUAGAUUAAUUUAAUAUUUUUCUUUUUAUUAAAGUGUCUUUAAACAAAAAUUUAUAUGUACCAGUUAAGGUACAUCAAGCUGAAAAGGUUAAACAAAAUAAGAUGGUAGGCAAUUAAGACUUGUCAUUUCUGAUAUGGAAUCAUGAAAAUUGUUUUGUAUUUUUAUAAUGUUUAACACACUUGUUUUUUGUAUGAAUAUUUUUUACAGUUCCAAUGGUUAGUGUUGGUGUAUAGUUUUCAUCUCUUAUUUCUGGUUUUAUACAUUUUAUGCAUUUGUGUAUUGAGACUGUGUGUUUCACUAUGCAUUGUUGUGAUGAACACUUAUUGAUGUCUGGUUCAAAUGGCCCUUUUUGUGCCAGAAUGACUUGAAAUGCUUUAAAGCACACAUCCAUAUAAUUAUAUUAUUAACACUUGCAGUAUUAGGAGUUCUUUUAAAGAAAUAGUUGAGUUUAAAUGGACUAGACACAAGAUGGUCCCAAAAUAUGCAUAAAUAGUAUUUCCUCAUAACAAGCCUAGAAAGAUGAAUACGAGUUAGUUUGAGACCAAUAAUACAUCAUUUUAUAUGAUUAAAAUAAUAAUUUGUGGUGUAUAUUUAGCAUGUGAAAGUCACCUGAUUAGUACAGAUGUAUAUACCAAGCUAUUUUUAAAUUUACUUGUGUUCACAUGGUAGACAAACCUAGUAAAUUUUGAAUUGAAAAAUAUGCAAAAAUCAUGAAAGAUUCAUGUGUCGUAGAUGAUAUGAUAUAUUAGUUAGUAAGACUCAAUUCGUUGUACACAACUUAAUGUAUAGUUUUGACAAUUUUCUCUUUUUUGGCAAUGGUAUCAUCUGGUGUCUAGUCCCUUUAAUUAAGAUGCAGGCAUAUUUGUAGCACCAUGAGGUGUAUUCAAGAUAAUAUUCUGUCACAUUUUUGGUGGAUUGUUCAUAACUUUGUUAAAGUUGACAAUGUUAAUUGAACUUUUAAAUGUUAACUACCUUAUAAGUUGUGAUUUGCAGUAUUUCUUAGAUUUGAUACAAGUAUUUCAGUUGUGAUUUAUUUAAAUAUUUCCUUACAUCAUUAAAUAUUUCAACAAAGUUAACAAAUACGUUGUAAACUUUAACAGAGUUUUGAACAGUUAACCUAUUAAAGUUACUGUUUGAAUGACAUUCAUUGGCUGAAUGUGCCAUAGUUUGCUUCAUGUGGUAGAUAUAUCGCUGAUAAUUGUUUGUUUUAGUGUAAGAUCAUAAUAUAUUUUACCCAGUGAACACUAAAAAGAUAUAUUUCACGAGUGGCAUAGCUAGAGUGAAAUAUUCACUUUUGGUAUUAACAAGGUGAAAUAUAUUGCUAUCUUACACUGAAAUAAACAAUGCCUAAAAUUGGGGUUAAAAGUCGUCUUAUUAAACUUUUUUAGAAAGUACGUGCCUAUUUGUAUGCGCAUGUCACAUCAAUCCGGAAAUGACGUUGUUGAAAUGAGUCCUAGUCCUAUGCAAGCUGACGUUUGAUUUGGAACUGACAGGUGGCUAAAAUUUCAAUUAAUUUGAUAUUUUCAAUGUUUCAUACAGUAAAUUGCGAACCUUUUUUCAUUGAUAGAUCUCUAUUAACCACCAAAAAGCAUAUAAUAAAUCAUUUUCUUUGCAAAUGAUGUACACUGGAACAGUAUGUUCACCAAUGUUACUUCGUUAAUUUUUUUCUUUAUUUUGAAUUAAAUUGUUCCAUUAAAUGCUCUGACAGCUAAAUAAUUGUCUUGUUACAAUGUGCCUUCAGUGUAGAAUAUAUGAUAUGAGUUUCAUUUUUGUUUUUGAGAAGUUGUGUUUUAUUGGACUUGGAAUAAGUCUUAAGUUUGUAAGGAUAAAUGUCCCUCUGUGGAUUCUGGAUGCACCCAUACUCAAAAUUGUUAUAUGAUUGUUAUGUAUUUGUAUAUAUUAAAUGAUGCA